AUGUCAACAACGGCUCUUUGUGAAUCCGAGGUCUUUACCUCCGCUCGUCUCGUAGCAAGCGAUUGCAAACUACCUCCAGAUGACAGAUACGGAGAAUACUAUCCCACAGAUCCCAAGAAUCUCAAGCUCGAAUCCAACUUUGGGCCCAUGCUGCCGGAGAAGAUUGGAUACAUCCAACCCACAUCGAAAGACACGCCCAUUGAGGUCAUGCGAGAGAGACUUAUUCGUGAUGGGUAUCUAUUCGUCAAGAAUCUGCUCCCACGGGACCAAGUACUGGAAUGCCGCAGGAGCUAUUUCUCCUACAUGGAGCCCUCUGGUCUUCUCAGAGAAGGAACAGACCCCGUCGAUGGAAUCUUCAGUGACAAAGAUAGUCGCAAGUACCUACCCCCGGGAAAUCUGCGGCGACUUUUCGGCCUGAAGGAUGACUACGAGUCGGAUAAGUAUGUGGAGCUGAUGAUCAAGGCGCACGAGGAGCGGUUUUAUCUUCAAUUGUGCGGGAGUACCGAACUGCGUGACUUCAUCCGCAAACUCACGGAAUGGAAAGACAUCACGAUGCUGCAGCGGACAAUGCUUCGUGCCUUUGUGCCCGAUAGCGAGUUGACACCUGUUCACUUCGAUCAAAUGUACCUUCGCGCGGGUCCGCCCACCAGCCUUACAGCGUGGGUCCCGAUCGGAGAUGUUUCGCUUGAGGGUAGCGGGCUGAUGUACCUUGAGAAAUCGGUCGAUAUCGGUCGACAGACCGAGGAAGAAUUCGCACGGAAUGCAGUAAAUCUGACUGAUGAGGAGCGUGUCUCGGCGUUCAAUAAGAACAUGAAUGAUGGGGGUUUUCUCAGUCGUGAUACAGUCGCGUAUGGCGAAAAUGCCAAGCGCAAGUGGUUGAUCACCGAAUAUGAAGCUGGGGAUGUGAUCUUCCACGACCCCUUCCUGGUGCAUGCUAGCUGCAAGAACAAGGACCCUGAAAGGAGAAUUCGGUUGGCUACUGAUCUCAGAUUCGUGAAUUCAAAUGAGCCGUUUGACAAGCGCUGGAUGAAGGUCUGGCGUCCGCUCGACGGGCUAUGA